AUGGAGAGGUUCUUGUGUGCUUUGACUCUGUUACUCCUCAUCCGAGGCUCUCUGGGGAAGGAUCCCAAUGAGAUGUGUCGCAAUGUGCCGGAUCGCAGCUUCCUUAAGGACUUUGCGCGCUGUGAAAACUACUAUGUGUGCGUGAACGGUGUGGCUCAUCAUGAUAAGUGUCCUGAACCGUUUUUCUUCAACGAAGCCACCCAAGCUUGUGACCAUCAGAGAAACGUGGCGUGCACGAACUGUCCUGACUAUGAAACCGCAAUGACAAAUCCUGAGUCCAAAACCUGUGACUCUUUCGUGAGAUGUUUGAACGGCAACAGAUAUUUCACCAAGUGUCCUGUCGGUUUCAUGUACGAUGAAGUCAUUGGACGCUGUAAUCUUGUCUCUAAGGCCGAGUGUUUUGCCGCCACUUGCACGGCUGACAUGGAUCCCAGCACUUUCGUCUUCGUGGCCAGCAAAAUCGACUGUCAGCGAUACUUUAUCUGCCAUCAAGACAAUCCAACCAUGCGAGAGUGUGGUGAGGGACUCAUGUACAAUCCCCUCAUCAAUGGUUGCGAUUCUGAGCGAAACGUUGCCUGCACGCCCGAUGGACCUGUGGCAAAUAUAGGCUGUCCGGAAGUUGGAUUAGUCUUCCGUCCGCAUCCAACCAACUGUCGCCAGGCCUUCUUCUGCUUCAACGGUGAGCCAACGUUGAUCUCCUGUUCUGAUGGCAUGGCCUGGAGCACUGCAGAGAAUCAGUGUUUGUCACUAGACCAAACGACAUGCGUGUAA